UGCAUGGCGAACAAUCAGCGCAUUGCGAGUGCUGUUUUCGACCUAAAAGGAUGUGUUUUUUCCUUCUGGUGUAGCGGAAAAAUAGGUCUCUAUAAUCAGUUGUUAGUUGAGUCGUGCGAUUGAUUGAAUUGGAAUAAUAUAGUACAUAUUUUAUAACAUAGUUCAAGUUUAAUUACUCGAUUUAAAUGAAUGUUCACGAGAGUAAGAAGUGUGGUCACUAUUGAAGUUGCGGCUUGUGGGUGGUAGCCUAUCAUUCUGGUGAAAAAAGUAAGAUAGGAAAAACGCAACAUUAGUUUUUAUCAAAGUCGUGGUUUUAUUCGGUUGCCGAAAUAAAGUGCUUGGGUGAAAUCUGAAGUGUGCAAGUGUGAUUGAUUUUCAAUUACGCAAAUUAGCGAGGAAAGUGACAGCCAAUCUGUGCCGGAAGUUACUGUAUUGCCUAGCACGGGAAAGAAAACGGAAAACCACUAGUACGCAAUUGGCGGUCGUGCUAUCGCAUCCCACAAAGAUGACCGCAACAAGGAAGAGUAGCGUUCUAUUAGGCCUGCUCAUACUUUUUUCCAUAUCAUUGAAAAGCAACAACGCAGCCCCUACAUCGAAACAGACUGAUUCUAGUACAUCAUCAGAAAUACGAAGUGGAAAUGGAUUGAACCAGAAUGUGGAUGAAGAAGUGCUUGAGCUCGAACAUCUAAAACACCAAACUUCAAGCGCAACAGGAGCAAACACAAAAGAAGAAAUCCUGCCUCAGCUAGAAAAGCAACUAGAGGAGGAGGCACAAGCGUCUGCUUCCAUAGUUUCUUCUGACGAGGAUAGCGGGGGUGAUAACGAUGAAGAUGAUACUGCAAAUGACGAAGAAGACGACAGUAGUAAUGAUUACGCCGAAAAGUUGGCCAAAGUGUCAGAAAGCAUGCUGUUGAAAACAUUGGCAGAGUAUCAUCACAAACAGCAAAGACAGCAGCAUAUCGAAGAUCAACACAAUCAUCUUCAUAUCACAGGUGAACCGAAGGUGCCCGAAUCGAACCAUUUAUUAUUGAAGCUACUUCCAGGGGCUUCACGCUUUUCAUUUGGCCAACACAAUUUACCAGAAAUUACAACACCAAUAAUCCCCAAAACAACAGCUGUUUCUCAGCCUGAAGAAGUGCCGAAGGUUGAUCCAGAAUUAACUUCGCUGACCAAAAAUGGUCAACGGCGAGGAGACGCUGAAGUAUUGUUGCGACACAGCGGGGGACAAUACUCGGCCUUCGAUAUGGCGCAAUACGUUUUCUGGACCGGCGAUGAAGCAGGAGUGGCACGAGGCGUUGAGGAGCUUAUCCAGAAGGGUUUGAUGACUCGUGAAAAUGCAAUAAAAUUUUUACGCGACAUACGACUAGGUAUUGAUUAUUUGCAAAAUACAUAUUCAAGUCGGUCGCUUAAGACAGAUCAUCAAUCAAAUUCUGAACAAGACCAUUAUAGUAGCACAGCAAUGACUACCGUUACCGAACCACCUACAACGGUAAUUACUCAUACUGAAGCUGUGGUAGCCAACGAUUUGAUCGAGACGCAAGCGACACUAUCGCCGGAAAUUCUCAAGGUUAUUGAACGGUUACCAAGUUUGCUAAAAAUCAACGAUUUAACCGAUCAAACUGAAUCAACACAAGACUACGAUGACGUGGUAGGAAGACUUCGACUAGCGGAUUUUCUAUACGCAGAAUACUCCCUCGAGGAAGUGAUCUACCAGUUGGCAAAAGUAAUGUUCACGCAAUCUCUGACCCGUGGCUCGGAACCAGCCCAACAUGCAUUGGAGAAGUUGACAGCAUUUCUCGAAUCGGAAGGCACUCAUGGGCGCAUUUCACCCGUUCUUCAAAAGAAGAUUCUAGAUGUUCUUCUAGCUGCCCUUGCCGAUACGUUGGCCGAUAAUCCGGAACUUAUGAAAGCGGCAAGGUUGGCUUUAGGCAAACACAUAGAAAAGGCUUUAACCAAGGUGGUCAUUCGCCUGUCAAUGGAUUUUUGUCACGGAUGGCUUGUUGCGGAAUCUUGAGCAUGGAUUUCCUCCAAAUGGAUUACUCCCCCAGCGAUCAGAGAAGCACUAAUGUUUAGGUGAAUUUUACCAAUACAAACCUGCUGAGGAAUCAACGGUGUAAGCUAAGAUGGAUUUGCGGGGAAUACUAUUGUUUUAUCACCGAAUAAUUUAAUUAGGCACCUUUCGAGCUGCAAUUAAUAGUCCAUAAAUCAUUGAAGAAAAUACAAUACAUACUAGAAUUUAAAACACAUAUGAAGCAACUCUAUAAAACAAUAGAAUAUUAGCUGUUCUUUAUUACAAAUAGAACGAAUGAGACAAUGCUUAAGUUAAAAUAUAUCAGCUUCAAUCACCAUUAAGAUACGGAUGAACAAUAAAAACCUCUGAAGAGCCUUGGAAUCUCUUUACAGUUUUGGCAGAAUUUAAUAAUAGCUACAGUACAGUCCAGCAGUAAAGUGUAUCUUAUAGUUAGAAAGAAUGAAUGGACGUGGAACAGGGAAACAAUAACUCGUUUUGAUUGAUAUAACUAAUAAAGAAGUUUUGAGCACCUUUUACCGUCAUACAUUAUAUGGAGAACAUUCAAAAUGCAUCCCAAAAAUUAACUCUGAAUAGUAUACUUUACCACUUUGAAACGAGUGUUAAAAGUUUUAUCCUAUAAACAGCUGUGAAUCCUGCUUGUUCAUUUUGAAUACCUUCUAGUUAACUAUAAUAAUGGGUUGCUAUUAACACUUACAUAAACCAUGGUUUGCAGCAAAUGAGAAUAGCAGGAAAUAUUUACAUCUAUACUAUUAUAUUGUAUCAAACAACUGAAACACAAUUCGAAUGUUAUACCAUUAAAUCUAGUCAAUAAACAGCCAUACUCAAAA